CACCUUGCCUGCCCCCUACAGCAAAUCAGUCAGCACCAGGAGCAGUUCAUCCAGAUGCUGAACGAGCCUCUGGGGGAGCUGGGAGACUUGGAGGGGGAGAUGGGGGCCAUUGGGGACGAAUCCCCCCAGAUGAAUUACAUCCAAGUGACGCCUCAGGAAAAAGAAGCCAUAGAAAGGUUGAAGGCACUGGGCUUCCCCGAGAGUUUGGUCAUCCAGGCUUAUUUUGCCUGUGAGAAGAACGAGAACCUGGCAGCCAACUUCCUGCUCAGCCAGAACUUUGAUGAUGAUUGAGGGGCCCGGGGUGGAUUCCUCCCACCUUGUGG